UAUAAAAAUACCAGUGCAGAAGAGACCAUGGAACUGGUGUUGAAGAUCAGAGACGAAGCCCUAGCUCUCAGAACUGAACUGGAACUGACCAAGGGCAAAGCUCGAGUGUACUUUCUGGUUAGUGACCCUGGGCGUUUCAAGAAACUCCAACCGUGUGCGUCCACUCUGAAGGCACUGACCAGGUCCAGUGAGGUGGAUGUCUUACUGGCCAGUAGAGGCAAGCCACUCUGUGGCUCAGGGUCUGCUAUCCCUUCUGGCAGCAUCAGGAGGGUGAUCAGAGAUGACAUUGUCAUGUUCAUGGAUGUAACGGGGCUGAUAGACACAGACAAACUGUGGAGUGAGAUGAGGCUGAGGCAGAGACAAAUACACAAAGAACUAGAUGUGCUCCAGUUGCAAGACACUAUGUCAGGAACAAACAAUACUUCUAAGAUUGAAAAACUUUAUGAUCAGCUAGAGAAAACUAAACAGCUCAUUGACUCUCUAGAAAGUUUCAAGCGGUGAAAUUGUCUGUGGGUUUUGUCAAGUUAUUUGUGACAAAACCAUAAAUUGUGAAUAAUUCAUCCUAAAAAAGAAGUCAUUCAGCAGUCAAGAUAUAAAAAGAUCAGCACUACAGAAGGACUCUUAUACAUGCCAUCUAUCAGGUCUUGCUGCAAUGAAAAAGAGAGGAAUUUCUAUAACACACCACUGUAGAAUAAUUGCUUUUGCACCAUUUUGAUUUUGAUAAUGAGCCAGAUAGGUAGAAUUAAAAACAGGAAUGAUAAGCAAUGAUUUAUUUAAUUUUCAUUAUUUAUUUGAGGGGGAGGGUUGUAAUGUAGAAUUUUGAAUAACACGUGAUCAUGUAUUUUUUCUUGGUAUAAUCAUGAAC